AUGAAGUGUCAAGCUGAAGAAUUGAAGCCAGAGCUAGGAUGGACACCUGGACCCUUUCUAAUCUGCAAUGACCAUCUUAAAUGCCAACUAACCUUUAUUAAAGUAGCUACCAAUGACAACAAGGAUGUCGUUCACCAGUUGGCUGUUUCACUUGAAGAUCUUUACAAUGGAGCCACAAGGAAGCUGGCAUUGAAGAAAAAUGUAAUUUGUGAUAAAUGUGAUGGCUGUGGAGGCAAGAAAGGUGCUGUGGAAAAGUGUCCAAACUGCAAAGGCAGAGGGAUUGAAAUCCAUGUACAACAAAUUGGACCUGGAAUGGUGCAGCAGAUUCAGACAAUGUGCUCAGAAUGCCAUGGACAGGGAGAACAGAUUAAUCCAAAAGACCGAUGCAAGAAUUGUAAUGGACGGAAAAUAGUUAAAGGGAGAAAAAUACUUGAAGUCUAUGUAGACAAAGGUAUGCAAGAUGGACAGAAGAUAACAUUCCAUGGAGAGGGGGAUCAGGAGCCUGGAUUAGAACCUGGUGAUGUCAUCAUUGUGCUUGAUCAAAAGGACCACGAUGUAUUCCGAAGGCAUGGAAAUGACUUGGUAAUGAAAAUGGAAAUCCUGCUGGUGGAAGCUUUAUGUGGUUUUAAAAGGACAAUAGGAACACUUGACAAAAGGACAUUGCUGAUUUCUUCAAAGCCAGGUGAAGUUCUAAAAGUUGGAAGCCUUAAAUGUGUUCGUAAUGAAGGUAUGCCUAUUUACAGAGAUCCAUUUGAGAAAGGACUGCUGAUCAUUCAGUUCUCGGUGAAGUUUCCACCAUAUGGCUGGAUUCCACCACAAGACUUGGCAAUAUUGGAGGAUUUGCUUCCACCACAUCAAGAGUUAAUGAUCACUGACGACAUGGAACCUGUGGAGUUAACACAAUGUGUCUCAGAAGAGCAACACAGAGGUUAUAGUGGGGAAGUGUAUGAGGAAGAUCAAAGGUCUAGAGGCGGUGUGCAGUGUCAAACAUCCUAA